CAACAGAACAAACAAUAUUAAGAAAAAAUAAAAUUUCCUUUCCUUUUCAAAUUUUUUAUUUUAGGAAAAGCUCCUGAAAUCAGUCCACAAUCUUCCCAGUUUCACUUUAGGAACUUUAAAAAUCUCCACAAAAAAAAAAAAAGGAAGAAGACGAAGAAGAAGAAGAAUCAGCUUUGCUUCCUUUUUGCUGGGUGUCUAUUUACAUGGCAGCUCACAUUGCCACAGCAAUGAAGCCCAAGAGCAAUAACAGCAACAGUAACAACAACAGCAACUGUUGCAGCAAUGGCUACAGCAGCGAUGUCAGUAACGGGAGCGACAACAACUCUCCAAGCCCACCUCCAUCGCCACCGAAGCCUCGUCUUACUCCGUCCCUGUCGCAGUGCCGCCGUCGGCUGCGUUCCAAGACCAAGUCCUUCGUCCGCCGUGAAAACCUUGGUUCCGGCCUGAACUUCCGGCGUAAUCUCCGUUACUUGUUGCUGCUGCCACUUUUGUACAUUUCCGGCUUGUUAAUGUGUGUCGGUCCGUUUUCUGGGUUUUGGGGCUAUGCUUCUGUUCCCGGAUCAGUGUAUCGUAGCUACGAGAAUUUUCAAAGGCUUUGGGAUGAUAUUCGCCUUGAUAAUUCUUCUGCUCUUGAGUUGUCCUCUGUGUGGAAAUACAAAAGAAGGGUGAAAGUACAGAAACCUUGUCCAAAUUCGACAGCUAGAAAUCAUUUCUCCAUGUACAGAACGAGCAUAAUGGAGUCUCCUGGUUCUAGCGGUUACUUGAUUGUUGAUGCCAAUGGUGGUCUAAACCAGCAACGAUCUGCGAUGUGCUUGGUUCUCACUAUUCAAGUACACAUAUGGUUCUUCUAUGCACACAUAUGCAAUGCAGUGGCUGUAGCUGGACUCUUAAACGCAAUACUAGUUAUUCCUCGGUUUGAACUCAACAGUGUUUGGAGAGAUCCCAGUCAGUUCGGGGAUAUAUAUGAUGAGGAGCACUUCAUAAACAACCUUAAAGGUUAUGUAAAUGUGGUUAGGGAGUUGCCUGAAGCAUUGAUGGAAAGAUAUGAUCAAAACAUUUCCAAUAUUCCAAAUUUCCGUGUCCAAGCAUGGGCUACUGUAAAUUAUUACUUGGGAGUUGUUCUUCCCAUUUUGAGGGAUCAAAGAGUUAUCCGUAUUGCACCAUUUGCUAAUAGAUUGACAAUGAAUGUCCCAUCUCAUAUUCAGUUACUGAGAUGCAUAACCAAUUAUAAAGCAUUGAAGUUCUCUACGCCUAUAUCAUCACUUGCUGGGAAGCUAGUGAGUAGGAUGAUUGAGAGGAGCUCAAUGACUGGUGGAAAAUAUGUCUCUGUCCACCUGAGGUUUGAGCAGGAUAUGGUAGCCUUCUCAUGCUGCGUGUAUGAAGGAGGGGAAGCAGAAAAAUUGAAAAUGGAUUCUUUUAGAGAACAAGAGUGGAAGGGGAAGUUCAAACGAAAAGAUCGUGUCAUUGUACCUGCUCUCAAUCGAAUUGAAGGAAAAUGUCCUCUAACUCCUGUGGAGGUUGGAUUGAUGCUAAGAGGUAUGGGAUUUGACAAUAACACCUCAAUUUACAUAGCCUCGGGGAAAAUUUACCAGGCUGAAAAACAUCUAGCUCCUUUACGAGAGAUGUUUCCUCUUCUUUACACUAAGGAGUCUCUUGCUACACCAGAUGAACUUGCACCUUUUGAGGGGCAUUCUUCUAAGUUGGCAGCUUUAGACUACACAGUAAGCUUGUUCAGUGAAGUGUUUGUGACAACCCAGGGUGGGAACUUUCCACAGUUUUUGAUGGGCCAUCGAAGAUUUCUUUUCAAUGGACAUUCGAAAACUAUUAAGCCCGAUAAACGCAAACUCGUGGUCCUGCUGCAGGACAUGGAUAUCAGUUGGAAAGCUUUUAAGGAUGAGAUGGAAGUAAUGCUUGCGGAAAGUGAUCGGAAAGGGAUGAUGGUGCCCAGAGUUAAAAAAUUCAACAGAAAAACUUCCAUAUACACGUACCCUUUGCCAGAAUGUGCCUGUCUCCAGAGUUCUAAUAAUUCAACAUUCAGACUAACCGAAGGUGCAAAUGUACUCAAUUCCCACCAUGAGUCUACAAGAUAAUAAGCGAAGUUCGUACGUCAAUUUAGUCCAAUACAGUGCAAUCAUCAAAUCAUAUAUAAAGAGCCUACUGUUUCUCUGUUUAUGGUUGUUCUACAUCAUCAUUGCUGCGCCUGAUCUGCCAAGGCAUAUAAGGAUUGCAGCUUAGGCGAACGACUUGUUGGUUCUCCAACCUUGAGUUCAAUACUCCAACGAUGGUGCUUCGGUUUUACUUAAAGAUACAAAUUUUGUUUUGCUUGCAGUGCGGAUGUAAGACGUAGAUGGAUUUGCGACCCUGAUCAAAUGAGGUACUGUUUGACAAGAUUCUUUUGUUUUUUUUUCAUAGUUAAUUUCACUUAUAGCAGGAGCGGGACAGCUUUCUUGUUCUUUUCUAUCAUAAAAUUCUGCAGAUUACUGAUACUGUCUCUAUUGAAAUUUUUGGUAUGGCAGACAAGACUGGUUAGCAUUGUCCUGGUUGGAAAUGUAUUUAUUCCAAAAAAAAAAAAAAAGUGCCUUGAACUUAUUUAAGAA